AUGGCUAACAAAUUUUGUUUUGAGGCUCUUGACAAAUCUUUGAAGGAUAUUAUGAGUAUUAAUGGAGAAGCGUCUCAAAAAAUAUUUGGAGGGAAGGUUGUUGUUUUUUGUGAUGAUUUCAGACAAAUUCUUCAUGUUAUACCAAGAGGUAGUAAAUCAGAUAUUAUUCAUGCAACCAUUAAUACUUCUUAUAUCUGGGAUCAUUUCAAGGUACUCAAACUUACAAAGAACAUGCACUUGCAAAGUGAAGCAAUGACAUGUACUGCAGAUGAUAUUCAAAUUUUUUCGGAGUGGAUCUUAAAAAUUGGAGAUGGGACAGUGUUUGAACCAAAUGAUGGUUAUGUUGAGAUUACAAUUCCCCAAGAGUUUAUCAUUUCAAAUUUUCCAGAUCCUAUAAAGGCUAUUGUUGAAAGUACCUACCCCGAUCUCAUUCAUAACUACCAAUAUUCUAAUUAUCUUCAAAGUCGUGCAAUUCUGGCUUCAACUAUUGAAGUAGUGUAUGAUAUCAAUCAAUACAUCAUAAACCUUCUUCUAGGAGAAGAAAAUGAAUACUUUAGUAGCAAUUCUAUAGAUGGAUCUGAAGCAACUGACUUUGAUGCAUUUGAACAUUUGAAACCUGAAUUCUUAAAUGCUCUUAAAAUAUCAAGAUUGUCCAAUCAUUCAAUAAAGUUGAAAAUUGGGACCACAAUAAUGUUGUUGCAUAACUUGGAUCAAUCAGAAGGAUUAUGCAAUGGUACACGACUCUCUGCAAUAAGGCUUGUUAAUCAUGUCAUUGAAGGUCAAUCUUUAGACAACGUUGGUUUAUACUAUGUUUUUAGUCAUGAUCAAUUGUAUGUGGCACUUUCUAGAGUCAAGACAAAAGAAGGUCUUAAGAUUUUGAUUCAUGACAAAGAUAAACAGGCUAGGCAUAUUAUCACUAAUGUUGUCUUCGAAGAAGUUUUUCAGAAUAUUUAA